CAGGAUAAUGAUCACUCACCCUUGCCAAACAUACAAUGCUUAUAACGCGAAUCUGAGGUUAGGAAUGAGUCUGAUCUUGGGUAGUUUGCAGAGUUCGAUGUCAUUGAUAACAACGCACAUUUAGUAGUCUCUCCAUGCAACUAGUACGCAGGGGCAUGUUAACAUUGCUACUGUAAAUGACGAAGCUUUAAUCUCUCAAGGACGGGUGCUGGGGGUUCUGGUCCUACAUGGAUCUAUUUAACAAAUAGUGCUAUCCAUAAUCCGGUGUGAGCCCCGAACCCAGAAAAGUAAACCCCACCCCAGCUCCAUGGUUCGAGUACUAACUCUGCCUUGCCCUGGUGUCCACUGCUUAGUUACAGAUGCAACAAAAGGAAUAAAUAUUACAAAAUACAAGAACGUCCAGACCAGUACAGCAGUCAUAAAGAUCUUGGAUAAGUGCGUUCACAGCUUUGUGGUAUUUUAUUUCUGAACUAAAAGACAAGGGAAAGUAACCUGGAUAUAGCUCAGACAGCACUACAGAAAUUACCACACAGAAACGUCAAACACUAAAGUUUGUCAUGAGAACAUUAAUCCGCCCCCAAACGUGAAUGAACAUUAUGGACAGGUGAAUGGAAACCGGCGGACCGACCCCACUAGCUUACUUGCUGUUGGUGUACUAGAUGAAGGACUACGACCAUGUGGUAGCGCUGCACGCGGUGACCAUGACCUGGAUGCCGGCACUUUUGCGGUUUCUUUGCAGGGCAUGGGUGCUGCUGCUGGGGGCAACAGGGUCUGUGGAGGAACUGCAGCCUACGACAUCGCCUUGCCCGUCCCCCUGCGAGUGUUCCGAGUGGCAAGCUUUGAAGGUGACCUGCAGACAGAUUGGUACGCUGCCCUCGUUCCCUGCAGCCACUGAGACCCUGAGAUUCAUGGAAACACAGCUACAGAAAAUUCCAAGUGGAGCAUUUACAAACCUUCCUAAUAUUUCCCGAAUCUAUAUCACCAUUGAUAUUACCUUACAGAAACUAGAGGCCUUUGCUUUCAAUAAUUUAAUGAAAGUGACUCACAUUGAAAUUCGAAAUGCAAGAAGUUUAACUUCCAUUGACCGUGAUGCUUUUGGAAAUCUCCCAGUUCUGAAAUACCUUGGGUUUUUCAACACUGGCCUGGGCAUGUUUCCUGACUUAACAAAGAUACAUUCCAUUGAUGUAAACUUUCUCCUGGAAAUUGCAGACAAUCCAUUCAUCAGAUCAGUUCCUGCAAAUGCCUUUCAUGGGUUAUCCAAUGAAUCUCUUACUCUAAAGUUAUACAACAAUGGAUUUACAGCAGUUCAUGGACAUGCUUUCAAUGGAACCAAACUGGAUGCAGUGUACCUCCAUAAGAACAAGGGCUUGACAGUGAUUAAUGAAGAUGUAUUUUCUGGAGUCCAUAGUGGGCCAACCCUUCUUGAUGUCUCACAGACAGGUGUGAGCACUCUCCCAGCAAAAGGAUUGGAGAACCUCAAAGAGCUUAUGGCUGAAAGCACAUGGAAUCUGAAGAAACUUCCUUCAAUUAGUACAUUCCUCCAUUUAGUGCGAGCAGAGCUGUCUUACCCAAGUCACUGCUGUGCAUUCAAGAACUGGAAGAAAAAUAAAGGGAUACUGGAAUCAAUGAUAUGCAAUCAGACUACAGCUCACAGUUUCCGGGAAAGGAGGGCAGUCAGUACCUUUCGUGGGCCUUUCUAUCAAGACUAUAUUGGGGAUGAUAUAGAUCAUACUGAAGCAACAUACGAGGAAAAUUCAAAGUUCCAAGAUGUCCAUGGAAACUCCCACUAUUAUGUAUUCUUUGAAGAUCAAGGGGAUGAGGAAAUCGGUUUUGGACAGGAGCUCAAGAACCCUCAAGAAGAGAACAUUCAAGCAUUUGACAGCCAUUACGAUUACACCAUGUGUGGCAGUGCUGAAGAAAUUGCUUGUACACCAGAACCAGAUGAAUUCAAUCCAUGUGAAGACAUUAUGGGUUAUGAAUUCUUAAGGAUUGUAGUCUGGUUUGUGAACCUUUUGGCCAUAUUAGGAAACAUUUUUGUUUUAUUUAUUCUGUUAACAAGUCAUUACAAGCUGACUGUACCACGUUUUUUGAUGUGCAACCUUGCCUUUGCUGAUUUCUGCAUGGGUAUUUAUCUGCUGCUGAUUGCAUCUGUAGACCUACACACACGAUCAGAAUAUUACAAUCAUGCAAUAGACUGGCAGACAGGGCCUGGCUGCAAUGCUGCUGGUUUUUUCACAGUUUUUGCCAGUGAACUUUCUGUCUAUACUCUCACAGUUAUUACCCUUGAGCGGUGGUAUGCAAUCACUUUUGCCAUGCGGCUAGACAGAAAGCUACGUCUCAGGCAUGCUUCUGUCAUUAUGCUUGGUGGCUGGGUUUUCUGUUUUCUGCUGGCUAUUUUGCCACUUGCUGGAGUCAGCAGCUAUACAAAAGUCAGUAUCUGCCUUCCCAUGGACACAAAAGCACCACUUGCCCAAGCAUACAUCGUAUUUGUUCUAAUGUUAAAUAUCAUAGCAUUUGUCAUAAUCUGUGCUUGCUACAUCAAAAUCUAUAUCACAGUCAGGAAUCCACAGUACAAGUCUGGAAGCAAAGACACUAAAAUUGCAAAAAGAAUGGCCGUUUUAAUUUUUACUGACUUUAUGUGCAUGGCACCAAUUUCAUUUUAUGCUCUCUCUGCCAUAUUAAACAAACCUUUGAUAACAGUCACCAAUUCAAAAAUCCUGUUGGUUCUGUUUUACCCACUCAACUCAUGUGCAAAUCCAUUUCUAUAUGCCAUUUUCACCAAAGCUUUUCGAAGGGAUGUGUUCAUUUUGCUGAGCAAAUUCGGUUUCUGUGAACACCAAGCUCAGGUUUACAGAGGCCAGACUGUUUCAGCAAAAAACAGUAGUGGCUCCUUUGGACAAAGGGGCAGUGGAGGUAUCGGGCAGACUCUCACAAACUUUAAUGACUGUCCAAAUCAUGACCAGCCUGGAAACAACCGGCCAGUUACUUCCAAGAAGGGAAAAGUAUUUUUAGGGAACUGGAAACUAACACAAAUAUAGCUUACCUGUAUGAAAUGGUAUUUAUAUGAAGCCAGAUCUGGCUAAAAAACAAAUUGCAAACUUGCAAACCAAAUCAUUUGUAAGAAAAGCUUGGUCCAUGUCAUCAGGUAUCUUAAUACCGCAUACAGCUGAGCACCCUUAAAAUUAACACUUGGGUUUAAUACAGCUUUGGAUUUAUAUCCCAAGCAGGAGUAUUAAAAUUUAAAUGACACAAAGGCUCACACUAACAGAAGAACAGCUGGGUUUUAGCACUACAUGGUCAACACCUCAAACUAUGAAAUUAUUUGUAGCUAUCCGUGGAAGAGUUUAUAUGCAUGACAGAGAGAGAUAAAAUGAUACCUAUAACAUGUCUUUAUAUGACAUUAAAUAUUUCAUGCAUUA